AUGUCUCCUACCUCUACUGCUGCUAACCGCACCGCCUUGGUGUUUGGAGCCUCUGGAAUCACUGGAUGGGCCAUAUUGCGCGAGGCUCUUAAAUAUUCAACACCCUCAACGUUCCAUAAGAUUAUUGGUCUUACGAAUCGGCCACUGGAUCGUUCAAAGUCGUUUUUACCCGAGGAUCAUCGUCUUGUGAUUGUUCCUGGAGUUGACCUCACGGCGGCUGUAGACGACGUGGCGGCUAAGCUAGCCGGUAUCGAUGGCAUCAAAGACGUAACUGAUGUGUACUUUGCUGCAUAUGUGCAACCCCCGGGAGCCUCAGACUUUGAAGGUUUUGAUAUACUCAAAGAGGUCAACGUGCGAAUUCUUGAGACGGCAGUUCAGGCAGUCGAGCGAGUGAGCCCGAACCUGAGAUUCUGGUCGUUGCAAACAGGUGGAAAGUCAUAUGGCUAUGUACACGUCCAUCAGCUGGGAUUUCCCAAGGUUCCAGCUAAAGAAACCGAUCCGAGAAUUCCCCAGCCCUAUCAAGACCAAGUAUUCUAUUACGCGCAGCAUGAUUCACUUCAGAAGUUGUCUGCUGGGAAGAAUUGGCGCUUUGCUGAGAUUCGCCCAGAUUUGGUUAUCGGCUUUGUGCCGGGUGGUGGUAACGCAAUGAACUAUGUUCAAGCUUUGGGCAUCUUCCUCAGCUUUUAUGCAGACCGCGAGAGACAGUCCCCCGAGCCGAAAAAGACAAUUGCCUAUCCCGGCCCUCUCACCGUAUAUAAUAGCCAUUAUACUGAGAUUGGUCAGACGACGUUGGCUAGAGCUCACAUCUUUGUUUCAAACUUGGACGGAAUAGCAAAUGGUGAGGUUUUCAAUGUCGGCGACUCUCCAGUCACUGCUGGAAACAACUGGGCCGAGAAGUGGGUAUCAAUCUGCGCCAUGUUUGGCCUUGAAGGCGUUGCUCCCGAGGAGACUCCCAGUUUGAGCGUGUUGAAAUACAUGGAACAGCAUCGUGAAGAAUGGGCAGCCUUCGAGGCCAAGCAUGGCUUGAAAUCAGGUAUCAUUGGGAGGACCAGCUGGGAGUUUAUGGACGUGCUUACUUCAUUGCCUGUAUUCGACCGUCAGUAUGAUUUGACCAAGAUCACGACUGCAGGAUUCGAGAGACGCUCCAAUGUGUUGCAGAACUACCAAGAGGCUUUUGAUCUGAUGAGGGCUGCAAAGAUGAUUCCAUAG